AUGCCGAAUCUCGCUCCUACUCCCUACCACCGCUGCCAGCUUACUCCUUACGACCGCCGCCAGAUUCAUCUCCGCAGCAUGCGUUACACCAUGCUUCUGCUCUUUGUGGGCAGCGUCUUCCUUUUCGUUUGGUCGACGGCAAUUCUCAUCGAUGCCGACCACCAAGAGAAGUGCGACGCCGCCGACAUUGACAGGACGCACUGCUUCAUCUUCGGCUGGUACCUGGGCCUCGUUACGUCCUCCAGCUUCGUGGCCGGUUUCGCUCUCACCUGCUUGAUGUUCCUCGACCGCCCGAUCAGGUUGGUCCUCUUUCGCAUCCACCUCGACGAGUUUCAUCCCGAGAGGGACCUCGAGAACGGCCUCGGCGGAGAUGGAGCUGUCAACAAGUUCGACGACAAGGACAAGGACGAGAAGCUCUACGACGCCAAGGAGGCCCUUCUGUUCAGGGAGGCCCAGUUGUAUCAUGAAGCCCAGUUGUAUCAUGAGGCCCAGUUGCUCAAGGAAGUGAUGGAGUUCGAGGAGGAGAUGCAGUUCAGGGAAGCACUAUUGCACACGCAAGAGAUCUUUCUCAUGGCACAGGAUUUGUACGAAGCGCAGGUUUACGAAGCGCAGGUGUCCGACGAAAACACCGGUGGAUCGACAGUGGCUGAGUACGGCGGCUCGGACUCCGGCUCUGACUUCCGCUCUGAAUCUAACUGUGAAUCCAACUGUGAAUCCGACUCUAACUCCGACUCUGACUCUGACUCCGACUCCGAUAUGGAGGAGUUCGUUCUUGCUGACGCUUAG